ACUCUCAAAAACCCCUAAAGCCAAAAAAAAAAAACCUUAUCUCUUUCUUCUCCUCUUCACCAUGGCUGCUGCUUCAGCUCUCUCUACCUUCAACCCUAUCUCCCUUCCUUUCUCCAUCUCCAGACCCGCCUCCUCUUCCCUCCUACCUCCUUCCAUCUCCUUCAAACUCCACUACUCCCAGUCCCUCUCCAUCUCCGCCGCCGCGUCUCGCUUCGUCCGUAACGUCGCGGUUACUGAUGACUUCUCAGUCGAAGAAGAAGACAACGUUUUCUCCGAUGACGCUCCUCCCCCGCGGGAACAGUCACAAUCCUUCUCUGCUGACCUCAAGCUAUUCGUUGGUAACCUUCCUUUUAACGUUGACAGUGCUCAGCUCGCUCAGCUCUUCGAGAGCGCCGGGAACGUUGAGAUGGUUGAGGUAAUCUAUGACAAGGUGACAGGAAGAAGCAGAGGUUUUGGUUUUGUGACUAUGUCUUCAGCUUCUGAAGUUGCGACAGCUGAACAGCAGUUUAAUGGCUAUGAGUUGGAUGGUAGACAGUUGAGAGUUAAUGCGGGCCCUCCUCCACCGAAGAGGGAAGACUCCUUCUCAAGAGGACCUAGAAGCAGCUUUGGAAGCUCUGGUGGAGGUGGUGGUGGUGCUGCUGGUUCAGGAAACCGUGUUUAUGUGGGUAAUCUCUCAUGGGGAGUUGAUGACAUGGCUCUUGAGAGUUUGUUUGGGGAGCAAGGAAAGGUUGUUGAGGCUAGAGUCAUCUACGACAGGGACAGUGGUCGUUCCAAGGGUUUUGGGUUUGUGACAUACAACUCUGCUGAAGAGGUUCAGAAUGCUAUCAGAACCUUGGAUGGUGCUGAUUUGGAUGGGAGACAGAUUAGAGUCUCUGAAGCUGAGGCUAGGCCUCCAAGGCGCCAGUUUUGAGCACCAAUCUAUGGCUUCCUAUUCUCUGGAGGGCGCGUUGAAGCAGUUUUUGUGAGAGGAUGGCAGUUUCUGUGGACGACUGUACUAUGUGUUUGUUGUGCCUUGGAUGCACGGAUGGUCUUUUGUUUGAGAAAUAUGUAGUUAAGAUUUAUAAGUGGAGACCAUGUUCUUGUCUGUCUGAAUGCUCUGCCAUUGUCUGCUUCGGUUUACUUUGAUUCACUCUUCUCUCUAUUUUAACAGUAUUGUUUAUGCUUUUUGAUCCUUUGUUCCUAUGAGUAUGAGCACAUUUGAUAUCCA